AUGUUGAACUUUUCGGGACAAACGAAGCGUCGAAAUGUCAACCUGGGUACCAAGACGAGUAGAACGAAACAAGACAUUUUGAAUGAUGCUAAAAACGAGCGAGAAAAAAGGGCCUUAAAUCGCAGAAAUGAGGAAAACGCUAUAAAGAUCCAGCGAUGCAUUCGGAGAUAUCUCAGUAACGAAAAUUUGAUGCAGAAGCUUGCACAGCAUGUGGAACCUGAAACGGCAAUACAACUAAUUGUGGCCUUCCCAGAGCCACUGUUGCAGUUUCUGCCAGAGCCUGAAUUAGUGCGAAUCUUGAACUGUGUAAUCAACGAUGGAAGUUAUCCUGCAAUCAACAGAGGCCUGACUAAACUGAUCUCCAGGUUAGCGACAAAAAACACCUGCCAGGAUUUAUUCCUCACAAUUUGGAGCAGGUACGCCGCUGAAUUCCCGCCAAACCCUAAGUUUGUGACUGCAAUUUCGAAAAUGCUUGCUGAGGCGUCCUACCCGAUACCCGCUGUUGCCUUACAGAAACUAGUAGAGCUCAUUGGUGGGUCGGGUAUCCCGCAAACAAGUUUGAUAUCAAGUGUCUUUGGAAUCUCAAUAAGUAAUGCAGAAAACUCACAAAAUGUCAAGACGUUCCUACAUUAUCUGGGCUCAUUAUGCUCUCCUCGGAACAUUUCUUUAAGUGAAGCCACUCCUGACCUGGUUGAGAACCUCUCAUUUUUGUUUCUGUCACUUAACAACGAAAAGAGUGCUGAAGUUUACGGUCAGCUCGUUUUGCGCUGCUUGAAGAACGUAGAAGCGAACAGCAUGUCAGGAAUGCCCUUUUUCCAGCAAAUUUAUACAAAGGAAUUUGUGGAUACGAUAAUGCAAAGCGAAUUCGAUGGACUUUUUGAAGCCUUGUCGGUGUUCAUAGGUCAUGCUCCCAACCUGGAAUGCAAAACUAACGUUCUAAUCAAUCUAGUUUCAAGGUCUGAAUUCAUGAUUCAGGCGCAUAAGAGAUUUUUCGGCAAUUCAUUUCAGCAGGCUUCACCCGAAGCCGAAGGACUUUUACUCGUAGAGGUUCUCAACAUCUACCUCUCGAUAGCCAGCGAUUAUGAACUCAUGCAUAAUCAAACGACGUACCCCCUUCACCUGCUGAAAGAAACGACAGACUAUCUCAGGAAACUGUGCUUCCAUGGCUUGUGGGAUUCAAAUGAUCAAAGUCGCACACUCUCGGGAUCUUUCUUGAACACGCUAAAGAAGAUACAUUUGCGUGAUUCGAGACUGCACUUCUUCCCUCGAAACAAAAGUACGGAUUACUGGAGUGUCACCAACUCCGACUUUUCGAGUGUUAACAUAACGAAAUACAUUGAAGAAUACGAGCAGUUUUAUCGUGGCCGUGUCACUGGUCUGCAAAUUGAAGAUGACGAUUUGGAAGAUGCAGAGGUCUUCAGAAGAAAGGGGGACCUCCGCUUCGAGUUCCUUGCCGAAGUUGAAAAAUCGUUUGCUGAUCGAGCAACUACCCGACAGUUCAAAAAACUCAACAUUCUUUUCCGAGUACCGUUUUUCAUACCAUUCCAGCAAAGAGUUGACUGGUUUUACUUUCUCAUCUCCCUGGAUCGCAAAAGACUUGACCUUGAUGCCAAUAACCUUUCAGCGAUGUUUUCUUUUUGGAGUGCAAACCCUAUAGCUGCAAAACAAACCGCUACUAUUUCUCGAGAAAACGUCUUGGAAGACGCGUACAACGCUUACAACCCGAUUGGUGAGAGUUUUAAAUCAAAACUCUCUGUUACCUUUGUUAAUGAGUUUGGACCAGAAGCAGGGAUCGAUGGCGGUGGUAUAACUAAAGAAUUUCUGACCAGUGUUUCCGAUGAAGGCUUUAAGACCGACAGACACAAGCUGUUUGAACACAAUGAUAGCCAUGAGAUCUAUCCCUCGGGGAAACUCAAGUCUGCUCAAAGUCUAAGAUAUCUUUGGUUUCUGGGUAAAGUACUGGGGAAAUGUCUGUAUGACCACGUUCUUGUGGAUGUAACGUUUGCCGAUUUUUUUUUGAAGAAGGUGCUAAAUGUGAACAGCUCAAACUCUUCUUUUGACGAUCUUUCAAGCUUUGAUUCCGAUUUAUAUGCAAACGUCGUGAAGCUGCUCGGUAUGAGCCCUUCUGAGCUACAGGCUUUGGGAUUGAGAUUCGAGGUCACUGACGAAGAAACCUUUCAGACUGUGGAACUUGUUCCCAAUGGAUCUAACAAGGUUGUGGACAAAACAAACACACUUCAGUAUCUUCUGGCACUAGCGGAUUACAAAUUGAACCGGAAACUACGCUUAGGAACCCGAUCUUUCACGGGAGGUCUUUACACUAUGAUUCCACCCCAUUGGCUUGAAAUGUUCAAUUCUGUCGAGCUCCAAAUGCUGAUUUCCGGUGGCGGAAAAGACAUAGACCUCUCAGAUCUCCGGCAACAUACCGAGUAUGGAGAGUUUUCUGACGAAGACCGAACAAUUCAAGAUUUCUGGUCCAUUAUGGCUGAAUUCCAGCCUCAGGAGCGGCUCAACCUCGUCAAAUUCGUCACCUCGGUUCCCAGAGCACCGCUACAGGGUUUCAGCUCGCUCAACCCACUAUUUGGGAUACGCAAUGCGGGACAAGACAUUUCAAGACUUCCCACUGCGUCUACGUGCGUUAAUCUGCUUAAAUUGCCCGACUAUCAAGACCGCCAAACGCUCAAAAAUAAGCUGCUUUACGCCAUCAACGCUGAAGCCCGUUUCGAUUUGUCGUGA